AUGAGUAGCGAAGCAUUGUGGAAGGAACUCAUCCAACAAUUAUUCGCUAUUGCAAGUGGUGAACAGUUGAUUUCCGUGAUCAACGUACAACAUGUUGUUAUUGAUAAGAAGAGAGGUAAAAUUAUGGAGGAUAGAAUUGUUUGCUUGACAACAAAAAAGAAGAUGAUUACUACCUCUAAAAAGAAGAAGGGAUACACAAUUCAAGUUUUAGUUAUUAGACGUGAUAAAGAAGGAAUUUUCCACAUUGAAAAAUCCUAUAAAUUGAAGAGAUUGGCUAAAAUUGAAGGUUCCGAAGAAGGAUCCGAUAUGGAAUUUAUUUUACAUUUUACAAACCAUGUAAAGCCAUUCAAAAUUAUAAGCGAUAACGUCGAACAAAAGAACAUUUUUAUUUCUAAAUUAUUACAAGUCUGUAGAGAAAAUUUUGGAACUGAACCAGUAUUGGAAAACAUUAAUCUUGUUGAAUUAUCGGAUUAUAUUGUAGAGGAAGAAGAAAAUGAUGAGGAAAAUUUAUUUAAAGAUGAAAUUGGAGAUGUCUCUCAAAGAGAUUUAGUCACUGAGGAAGAAGAAAAGAUUAUGAGAAAAGUGUUGGAACAGUUUAAUGAAGAUAUGAGUGACGCAAAACAAGUAUCAUCCCAACUCAACCAAAGAUUGGCUAUUUAUGAAAGAGAAAAUAUUCAUGCAAUCUUACAAAAGCAAGAUCAAUGGGAAAUGAUUAUUCAACAACUUGACAAUACAGAAAAUUUACUUGAAGAUAUGAACGAUUGGUUAGAGAAAUAUAACAAGAAAUUGAUGCUCAUGCAAAAAGAUAUUGUUCAAAUUGAAUCUGAAAAUAACAAUAUGGAACUUCAAGCCAGAAACUUGAAAUGCCUCUCUGAUGAACUGGACUCUUUAAUUAAUACAUUGGAAUUUGCUGAUAGUUAUGAUAAAAGUAUCCAAAAUGAUCCUUUUGAUGGUAAAUUAAAUAAGAUUAAUGAUGCUGUGGAAAAACUGCAAUCAUCUCUCAAUAACAAAUUACAAGAUGGUAUGGACGAUAUGGUAGCUGUAAAGGAACGUGUAAAAUAUUUCCAAGAGUUGAGAUUCAACUUUGUAUAUAGAUUCAAAAUGUUUAUGAAGUCUUACUUUAAAAAACUUGCCUCUCAACUAUUAAAACAAAGAGGAAAGAACUACAAAUAUUCCAUAGAUCUUAAAACUGUAAAUUAUAAUAGUUAUCAUAGAGAUAUGAUUCAGAUCCACAAAGAUUGCAUUCACAAAGAAUUAUUAAAAUAUUCUAUUCUCAUGGAAUGUGUACAUUCCACACAAAAUGCUGUAAAAGACCAACAAUUAUUCGAAGUACUUAAAGCCAAGUGGAAGGAAUCUCAAAAGAGAUUUUCACUCACUCUAAUGAAGAAGGACAAAAUGAUGGAUAAACCAUUAGAAAUGUUACAAGGAAAAUAUACAAAAGCAAUGUCUACCUUGUAUCAUAAGGAAAUCCAUGAAUAUAUUCUCGAUGUUAGAUCUGUAAUCAAGUCCAAAAAAGAAAACAAGGUCAGCAAAACUUUCUUGUUGGGUACAAAGAGUACACAAUUAACAGAAAAAAUUGUUAAAGAUACAAAGCAUACAUCACUGAGAAAAUCCAUCAAAAUUCCAAAAUCAGUAUCAGAUUCAAUCUCAAAGGCUACAAUGAUGGAUGAUGAAUCUACACUAGGUACUGAAAUUGAUUUUUCAGAUGAAGAAGAAGAUUUUGAUGAUGAAAUUAUUGAAUAUGUAAAACCUCAACAGUCUGAUAUUUCAUCCAGAGUUGACACUCUUUAUGCUUACUGCUUGAACACUAUUUGUAGCACAAUGUUCCAAGAACAACAACAUAUUUCUAAAUUAUUCUUAAUGGAUACCAGUUUGGAGGAAGUUCCAUUUGUAACAUUUGAUGAACAGUACGAAAGUGAAGAUGAAACUCAGAGCACAGAAGGAGAUCAGAAAAAAUCUCUUGAUAUUGUACCAGGAGCAGCAGAAACUAGUCAAAACUCUCUAAAAUCAGAGGUUUAUGUAAUGAUGGAAAAGAUGUUCAAGGAAACCAAUGAAAGUAUGGCAAAGAUUACCAAAUAUGUUGAGUCUAAUACUGACAAAUUUUAUUCUCUUUCUAUGAGUUUAGCUGCUGAAAGACAAUUCAGAUACUAUAACGGAAAAAGUGUUUACAUUUCAGAAUAUAUUUUAUAUGUCAAGACACUCAUUCAGCAGAUUAUCCACAAGUUUAUUUCAAAACAAAUAGAAUCUAUUGAGGAAUAUAAGUGCACCAUCAAAAAGACACAUGUGGUUCCUUAUAUUGCCAAGUUUUCCUACUUUAACGAUAGAUUUGAAAGUAUCAUGAUGAACUUUUCAGAUAUGAGUACUGCUAGAUCAAGUGCCACGACUGAUUAUUUAAAGAUUAUCAAAGCUAUGUUUGAUUCUUUGGAGAAACUUGCCAAUACCAAUGAAAAGCAUGCUUCUGCAUUUAGAAUGAAGAACUACUCAUAUUUCUAUCACUCCUUACUGAAGAGACCAAACUUGUGUCAAAAUGAGUUGCUUGCAAAACAAGCUGAUAUUGCCAAGAAGAGAUUCGAAGAUGCUUGCAGAUUCUAUAUCCUCUGGAUGAUUAACUUUAGAUUUGAGCAAUUAUUCCAAUUUAUUGAUGGUUUGGAAGAUUGUAUUAAAACCACAUCAAAGGAAGACAUUAUUUAUCAAACUCAAUUCUCCAAGUCUAAAGUUAAGGAAUUAAUCAAAAAGUAUGAUCAAACUGUUCUCCAAAAAGGAAUUACGGACCUAAUGAAACGUACGGAUAAACAUAUUGGACAAAAGAAUGUGGAUGAGUCUACCUACAAAAUUCCAAAAGCCAUUGAGGAAAGAGGACCAAAAGCUCUUCACAAAGAAGUCUGGUCCAGAUUGAGAAAAUUCUUCACAACAAAAUAUGAAAGGUUUGAAUCAAUCAUUACAGAAAGCUAUCCAACAUGCAAACCAACUAGUUCAAAGGAAGUGGAAGCAAUAUUUGAUUCUUUGAAUAUUAAAGAUUAAAUAGAUGUCAUCAA